AUGCCCAACACGGGGAAACCAAGCAAGGAUUGCCAUCUCUGCCGCUCACGGCGUGUCAAGUGUGAUCUAGGUCGCCCGUCUUGCCAAAGAUGUAUCAAAUAUGGAAAAGAAUGCCCUGGUUAUCGAGAUGAACAGGAGCUCGUCUUUCGCAAUGCAAACCCAACUUCAAUUAAGAAGAGGAAGAAGAAAACUCAACAAAAGACUCAUGGCGAGUCGGUCAUGUCAUUUAACACUCCUUCCUCUUCUUCUUCUUCUUCUUCCUCAAGUGGGGGGUCUCCUACUCCCAAGCUUACAACAGAAGACGACUGUGCACUGAGCCCGGCCUCCCCAAUAAUAGUUGAUCUCGUUGAAUACACACAAACAGGGGGUUCUCUCAUUAUCCCUCAAUCCCUCAGCGAACAUUGGACCGCUCAUUCAAUUCCUAUUCUUCUUAAUGUUUACCAUACUUUGGACUUCCUCCACGACACUUACAAGAAGAGCAGCCCCCAGGGUCCUCUUCUCUGGGCUACACAUCUAUUUGCCCGCACUUACAUCACCAAUCUGAGAUAUCCAACUGCAAUAGAUAAUGGUUCUGUCGAGCAAACCGAUAAGGAACUCGGCACUUAUCUUGGAAAAACUCUCAGCUCAGUAAGCGAGGCACUCAAGACUCCAGAUGGUCCUAUGAGGGAUGACGUUCUCGCAACAGUCUGGAUUCUGGCAAACUACGAACUUCUUAUGGGCUCAAUCAAUCGCGUAUCACCCCAGAGCCCCUGGCAUCUUCACACGAAUGGGCUAUACAGCAUUCUCAAACAGAGGGGCACAACUGCCCUACGGGAACAAGUACGGUGUCUACUGACGUCCCUUGAAUGCCCACCCGAGUCCAAAGAAUGGUUUAAAGCGAUCAGAGAGACGCUGCAUCCCGGAGAAGGUUUGGCGGUUGAGGUUGGUGAAUACAUUUGCAAGAUGGCACAUGUUCAAAAGCGCAUACUCGAUAUUCUUCGAGCUCGUGACUUUGAUGCCGCCGCCGCCGAGUAUUACGACCUGGUCGGGAUCAUAUUCCAGGCCGAAGAUCAUUUCACUACGUUUGAUGCAAGUUACCACUUUGUCGAUGAGGUUUUCAACCCCUAUCUUCGAAACAUGCUCAACUCGGCACGGCUAAAGGGAUACCAUGUCAUCUUGACCUUUGCGAACUUCCUAUCUAAUCACCCUACUACUCCUGUCCACGCUGAUGAGCUCAAGGUACUGCGCGCACAUUGCGUUUGGCGUGUCCGAGACAGCGCAAAAGGUGUCAUGGAAGCGACACGGCGUCACCUCGACCCAGCAUCCUUCCGUAACAACCCAUCUCCUAGAACAGUGUUUGACGCAUUGAAACUAAUCUGGCCCUUAACGGCGGUCUACCUUGUCCCGUCGACACUCCCCGAGCAGAGUGAGGCCGCAGGGGAAUCUUUGCUGUUUAUUGGACGGGAACUCGGAGUGAGGCAGGGUCUGAAGGUAAAUCGGGGAGAGUCCAAGCUGCCUCCAGAGGCAGAGACACCGUCAAAGCUGGUAGAGGACGAAACCUUUGAUCCAUUACCACAGAGCCGAGGAAUAAUGUGA